AUGUCGGCUCUCAGUCAGAUCAGCAAGGUUGAUGAGAGAGACUGUCACCCAUUGACUGAGCAUCUACUACAACAAUGGCGUCAGAUUGUGGAAAUAGAUCCCGAUGGAACCAUCACUGAUUGGUUGAACAACUUUUAUGAUAUCUUGUCUUCUACAUGGCAUUCACAGACAAGUUGGUUGGGUCAAGUAUUCCUGGAUCUGUCAUCUGUAGAAAUACUUUCCGAGGUUAUUGUUGAUGUGUUAUCUAGCCUUGAACCCAGUCUCCACUUCUGUAUCAAGGCAGCUCUGAAACAACAGGAUAGUCCUCUGCUGUUUUUAAUUGACCUUAAACAGAUUACUGACAGAUUUGCUAGAGGUAUAGAACUAGCCAUUACCUCCUUUGAUUCUGACAAUCUCCAGAAACCUCACACUGCAAUGUUGGCCCAGACGUUGUACGCUCCAUACAGACCACUUAUAGAGAAGUAUGCGAGUUUGGAAGGAAGACUACUACAUUCCCAGCUUUCUACUGUUUGCUUUGUAAGACUCGUUUUUUUUUUCUUUAUCCACACAUGUAUAUGGAAGUGUAGUCCAAAUGCGUUUACUAGGUUUAUGGGUGUUUGACUCUAUGCAGUCAACACAAGACAAGGUAGAAGCAGAACACUGAAAACAAUUCAACAAAGAAAUGUACUCCAGAAAAGUGAAUGGUUGACCAACCCUCAGCAUAGGGCUGUUUGCUAGUCUACCCAAUGAAUGCUUUCAGUGGAAAUUCCAUGCAUUAUGUGGACUUGUAACCUUCACAUUUUUUCAUAACCACUGCACAAUUGAUUACUGAUUGAUUGGCUGGCCUUUAUAAUCUGAUUUGUUAUCUCUUCAGGUCACACUUUGAAGUAGUUAUUGGUCAGUGACUACAUGUUUGCCAGAACUGCUUUCCUCAUAUCCUGCUGUGUCUGUUUCCAGUGUUUCAUUUUUAAUAUGUUACACUAGAAUUAAAAAUCUAAUCCACAUCCAGAUAUAUCUGUAUAACUCUAAGACUUGAACUUUAUUUCCUGUUAUGUAUAUUUAUAUACCUUUGGACUAGAACUGUAACUUGGGUACCUCUACAUAGUCUUGAGGUUGGUAAAUGUACCAAGAUAGUUAUGGUGCUGGAACUGUAACCCAGCAUCUCUACAUAGAAAUUGGAUUGGUAUACCUAUCUUCAUAACCAUGGAGUUGAUACAUCUACUUUAUGUAGCUGUGGGGGUUGAUGUAUCUAUCUGCUUAGUCGUUUGGUUAUACCUCUAACUACAUAAUUAUGAGGCUGGUGCAUCUGUCUACAUAGCCAUGGGGUUAGAACUGUGCUCCAGAUGCGUACGUUUGUGUAAGCUCGAAGUUGAGCCUUGUGUGGUUCUUAGAAAUAUAUGACUACAUUUCUUUUUACCAUUGGCAAUAUGAGCUUUAAAUUUUUUUUUUUUGUGAUGAUCUUUAUAAAAUAGAGCCAAGGUUUAAAGAUCUCUAAUUUAUGUCACAUUGUAAAGAAACUUGGAUAUGAUGUGUAAGAUGUUUUUUUGUAAGGAACUAGGAUAUGAUGUGUAAGAUGUUUUUUUUUUUUUUGUAAGGAACUAGGAUUUGAUGUGUAAG